UCAGACGGUUGGUGACCACGGUGGUUAUAUUACGUGGAAAUGCUCUACGCAUAAUAAUGAAAACAUAAUGCGGAGAAACUUUGACCAUUCCACAUCUCCGAGGUUUCAUCUCGGCUUCGUACUUUCUUCAAUAACCAUCAAUAUUCCGUCGGAUUUGAAACUGAACGGUUGAUUCUAUGGCUGGGAGUAAGCGCGAAGUCUAGCGGAUUUCAUUGUAGCUCGCUUCCCUAAACACUAUCAUGGUAAAAACCUUCCGCUCCUGAUUUACAAGAAAGGCAAAGGCAAGGGUUGACGGACCUCAUAUCGAGGAAUCACCACCGAUUAAACGCUGUGGGACGGAAGAGUCUGGAAAGCGGUCGAUGGUCAUCAUGGCGAGGUGGUGGAAAGCAGCGCCCCGUGAACGUGCGCUGGAGGCUGGCUUGUGGCUGGCGGUGCCUCUCUUGCUGUUGCUGGUGGGCGGUGUCCGGCAGGUGGAAGGGAGCGAGAGGGGCUCGGCAGCCGAGCAGCAGCGGCGGCAGCAGCAGCAUCAAGGGGAGGGAGAGGUGGCGGCGGCCGCCAACAACGACGCCUCCAACGCCUCGUCCAACCUGUGCCAGGGCUCGUACAAAUGCGCCGAGGGCGUGAUCCUGCCGGUGUGGUACCCGCAGGACCCGUCGGUGGGCGACAAGGUGGCGCGGGCCAUCGUCUACUUCGUGGCGAUGAUCUACAUGUUCCUGGGCGUCUCCAUCAUCGCCGACCGCUUCAUGUCGUCCAUCGAGGUGAUCACCUCGCAGGAGCGGGAGAUCACGGUGAAGAAGCCGAACGGCGAGACCAGCACCACCACCGUGCGGCUGUGGAACGAGACCGUGUCCAACCUGACCCUGAUGGCGCUCGGUUCCUCGGCGCCCGAGAUCCUGCUGUCGGUGAUCGAGGUGUGCGGGCACGGCUUCCGCGCCGGCGAGCUGGGGCCCAGCACUAUCGUGGGCAGCGCGGCCUUCAACACCUUCGUGAUCAUCGCCAUCUGCGUGUACGUGGUGCCCGACGGCGAGGUGCGCCGUAUCAAGCACCUGCGGGUCUUCUUUGUCACCGCCGCCUGGAGCAUCUUCGCCUACGCCUGGCUCUACCUGAUCCUGGCCGUCAUCUCGCCCGGCGUCGUCGAGCUCUGGGAGAGCCUACUCACCUUCAUCUUCUUCCCGGUCUGCGUGGUCUUCGCCUGGGUGGCCGACCGCCGCCUCCUCUUCUACAAGUACAUGUACAAGAAGUAUCGGGCCGGUAGGCACCGCGCCAUCAUCAUCGAGACCGAAGCCGAGCGGCCCGGGGCUGACCCCGACCCCACCGCCUCCUCCUCCUCGGCCAAAGUGGACAUCGAGCUGGACGGCAAGAUGUUCAACUCGCUGCAGGAAGGCGCGGCCUCCACCUCGUCCUCUACGCCCCCGGCCUCGCCCAGACCGUCCGCCGAGCCUGCCCUCGACGGAGGAGCCUCUGCCUCCGGCCCUUCGCCCCUGACCAAGGACGAGGAGGAGGAGUCGAGGCGGGAGAUGGCGCGCAUCCUGAAGGAGCUGAAGCAGAAGCACCCGGACAAGGAGAUGGAGCAGCUGAUCGAGCUCGCCAACUACCAGGUGCUCAGCCAGCAGGCCAAGAGCCGCGCCUUCUACCGCAUCCAGGCCACCCGCCUCAUGAUCGGCGCCGGCAACAUCCUCAAGCGCCACGCCGCCGACCAGGCCCGCAAGGCCGUCUCCAUGCAAGAGGUCAGGCCCGAGAUCGACGAGGGCCCCGUCAGCCGCGUCUACUUCGACCCGGGCAGCUACCAGUGCCUGGAGAACUGCGGCUCGGUGGCGCUGACCGUGGUCAGGCGGGGAGGGGACCUCACCCGCACCAUCACUGUCGACUACCGCACCGAGGACGGCACCGCCAACGCCGGCUCCGACUACGAGUUCACCGAGGGCAGCCUGGUCUUCAAGCCGGGCGAGACGCAGAAGGAGAUCCUAGUGGGGAUUAUCGACGACGACAUCUUCGAGGAGGACGAGAACUUCUGCGUCCACCUCAGCAACCUGCGGGUGGACAGUCCCGGGCCCGCGGCCGUGCCAGCGAGCGGGAACCAGCAGCCGGCUACCGGCGCCUCCACCACGCCUGCGCUGGGGCCGGGCCCGGUUAGCGCGCAGGCGCCCUCGCCCAAACUCGGAGUCGGCGGCGGCGACGUCAACGACGCAACCUCGGUCUCCAGCGCCAACACGUCAGGCGUCCCGGCCCCGCCCGCCGGCGCCGCGGCCAAUCACGUGGCGGGCGCUGCGCCGUCCUCGGCCGCCGAGGUCGCGUGCUUGUGCGCGCCGUGGACCGCCAACGUCACAAUUUUCGACGAUGACCACGCGGGCAUCUUCACGUUCGAGGAGAAGGUGACGCACGUGAGCGAGAGCGUGGGCGUGAUGGAGGUGAAGGUGCUGCGCGCGUCGGGGGCGCGAGGCGCCGUCGUUGUGCCGUACCGCACGAUCGAGGGCAGCGCGCGCGGAGGCGGCGAGGACUUCGAGGACACGGCCGGCGAGCUCGAGUUCGACAACGACGAGAUUGUCAAGACAAUAGCAAUCAGAGUAAUUGAUGAUGAGGAGUAUGAAAAAAACAAGAACUUCUUCAUUGAGAUUGGGGAGCCACGCUUGGUGGAGAUGAGUGAGAAGAAAGGAAAACCAUUACCAUUAAUAUAGUUGACCGUGGGGAAUAUGAAAAGCAAGGCAGUUUCUUCAUUGCACUUGGUGAACCUGUAUGGAUCAGAAGAGGAAUGAAAGGUGAUACCGAAGAUAAUCAGGCCAUAGCAAAUAAAAAUGAGGAAGAACGGCGGAUAGCUGACAUGGGCCGUCCUGUCCUUGGAGAAAAUACAAAGUUAGAAGUCAUAAUUGAAG